CUUCAGCGAUAAUAAGUCAUGUGUUUUCAGUUCUCCAAAAAGCAAAGUAUUUACCCUUAAAUAGUACAUUUCCAUGCUGAUCUUGCCGAACAGAAACGAAAACCGAAUUCAUUUCUGACUAAAAAGAACGGUUAAAGCCGAUCGUUGUAGGAAUCAACGAAGUCCAUCUGACAGACGCGACCUUUCAAGAAUAGGUUUAGGAUAUCAUGGAAUACAAAUGGCGUUAAGGAACCACAACAACGCAGGUAAGGCUUCUACUUAAAAUUAUUUCUGCUCAUAUGCUGCUCAGUCGUUAAACAUAUUUCUUAUAAGUUCGCAGCACUAUUGAUAGCGAAUUCAUGGUUAAAAAUACUAGUUAAAAUGGCGCCAUUGUUGUAAGUCUCUUGGUGUUUUCUUAGAAAAGCUCCCAUAAAUUUGAUAUUUUAUCAUUUAUGUCGGACUUUAAGUGUUUCAAACAGUCUUAAGAGAGACUUUCAAGUAAAAAAUACCACUGAAACCACAUCGAAUCAAAAUAUUAAUAUUAUGCUGGUUUCAGAAUUUUAAAAUCAAGCACUUUCGAUUUCAGGCAAGUUUAAUUUUUUUUCGGGGAAAACCCAUUGUCUCUGUUUAACUUGGUGAAUGACAUCAUUCCCAGAGUUUGAAAUUAGUACAAGAAUUUUCGAGCGGAAAACUACAGUGUAACCGUUUGUGCUUCGCAAACCUGCAUAUCAUGGGUAGGUUUUUUUAUUACAAGUUUGGAGAUUAGGCGACAAUGAUUGCCGGAAUAGUCGGAAAAUGCUACUUGUAGAGCGCAUAAACAUUUGCCAAGACUUUCGACCGCCAUGAAUACCUCAGAUGAUCACAGGCAGAGCACCCUCCGUUUCUGUGGCGGUUGUUAUCAUGUUUUUGAUAUCCGAUUUUUUGUACUUUAUAGAAGAAAUAUAGAGGAACAUUACGGCGGCUACAAAUUGUUCCCGAGAAUACAGAUUUGAAAGUAAAUCUUUUCAUAAAAGUUAAAAAGUGAGAGUCAUGUGUCAUGUUUUGUCGCCGUGUAGGAACAAGGAGAGAAGAGGGCGUCAAUGGGGUGCUAGCUUUGAUGGUUGGCCGUUAUUUUUUUUCCAAUUUUGACGGUUGACGGCUAUUUUAGGGCUUUUCACGCUUAUUUAGGGAAAAUUUAGUCCAAGAAAUAAAGUAAAUGUUAAAUUCUGUAUAAAUUAAUAUUAACUAUUGUGUUUUGGAUGUUGGUUGGCCUUUAUUCACAAAUUAAAUUUCGAAAUAUCAAGAUAUAAGAAACUUGUAAGGUAAAGUAAUGUUCAGAGAGAGUGUUUUUGAGAACUUGGCCCGUGGUUUUUCCAGUGCAGAGAUUUUUCAUUUGCUAAAAGUCCGCAAAUAUCGGUUGAAAGAGUGAGCUUUAAAAUACCUUGAAACGUUUUGACCGUUAAUAUCACUCUGAAUGUUUGGCUGUAUUCGCAGUCUGGGCGUGGUUACGUACUUUUCAUGUUGGAGUUGUAUCCAAAAGCUCUUUUUCUUUAGUUUUAUUGUCCAGAGAUAAAGGUUUUACUUGAGGAUUACCAGUCUUACUACUUUUGCUGUUACUGUACAGGAAAACUUAGAAAUCCACAGAAACGCAAUAGCAAAUUAUAUGUAUAUAAUACUCUUCGUCUCUCUCCCUUGCCAGGGAACCUUCCAACAACACACAGAAUAUGUGAGGAAGACAUUACGAUUAUAGUGUUAGAACAAAACCAAUACAGAACUCAGCAAACGAUGGCAUUUGAACCAGGAAUGUCCACACCGUGGGAGCAGUACAGAGCUGAUGGACAGCCACGGGCGGUAGCUGUUUGCUGUGUUGUAGCUCUUUACUCUAGACAAAGCAAGGAGAUAUGGAUUUGUGAUAUAACAUCCUCAAAUGCCAAUGAGCUUGUUGUUGUAAGUUUUAAGCUAAGCACACGUUCACAAGGCACCGGACGAAUUUUCAACCGGCUGAAAAAUUUGACGGGACAGUUUGUUCACACGGGACCGUUUAAUAUUUCCUAGACUUGCCACAAAGCAGUGUAGGAGCUGCUUGUAAGGACUCUCCUAAUUAGUCGCAGGAAACAAUGACAUGUCAGUCUUCCAGUUGUUUUAGUAUGGGGUCCUUGCCACAAGUCGACUGCGAGCGUAAAGGCCUCUUCAUAUGAGCUCGGUUGACCGGGCUGGCCCGGUUUUCGAGAUCUCACCUUGCCUCUAAAUCCUUUGUAAAAUUUGCGAUGUGUUCAUAUGAGAGGGCGGGCUCGCUCGGUUCCCGAGAUCUCGGUAAGCGGUCUGGAAAAUUUGCCUUAUGAACACUUCAUUCCGGUUACCGGGAUGAAUUCUGGCGGUCCUGAUGGCAUCGUCUUGCAUUGCCUGCUGUCUUUUCCACAUCAUAAGCAUCCCAUUUAACUGCAGCGAUACAGCCUUAAGCGUUACUAAGCCCGAAAGUUAAAAUUUUUGUAUUUCGCAAUGUUUGCUUUGUUUCUCGAAUGUGGCGGCAAAACUCGUCCCCAGAAUCUUUGGCCUUUUCUCAUCUCGGAAACCGGACUGACAUUUCUCUUAUGAACCCGAGGCGAAAUUCAUCCCUUUAACCGGGCCAGCCCAGUCAACCGGGCUUAUGUGAAGGGCGUAAGUUGCGAGUCGACUUGAUCCGUCUGCGGAGAAGAUUGAAUUUAAUUUGCAUAAUGUUGGCGCGAAAAAAUGGUUUGUGACGUAAGCUUGAAGGUCGGUACACACUAGGCGACAAGUUGCUGCAACACGUCGCGGCGACAGAUCACUCCAUGUGUACAGGUCGGGCGACUAGUUGCAGCAACAAAGUGAGGCGACACGUCGCAGCGACAAAUCGCUUCGUGUGUACUGGAGAAUUUUUGUGAAAAUCUUUGUCUCCGCAACAGAAUUUUGUCGCUGCAACAAGUCGCAAAAAAUCAAAUCAGACUGAAUCUGUGCGACUUGUUGCGGCGACAAAUUCUGUUGCAGCGACCAAGAUCUUCACAAAAAUUCUCCAGUACACACGAAGCGAUUUGUCCCUGCAACGUGUCGCCGCGACAUGUUGCUGCAACUUGUCGCCUAGUGUGUACCGACCUUGAUAGUUUCCCGACUGACACCUAACCAGCAGAAACCAGAAACGGGCUUUGAGAAAGUCUAGGUGGUUCCUGGUUCCAUCGUGUGAGCUAAAACGAAUUUUCAAAUGUGUGAAAUUCGUCCCAUGUCGUGUAAACGUGUGCGAAGAUUAGUUUACUUCAUGACGUCACGUGUUUGCAUGUCUAUUCGUCUGUCUAUUCAAAACAGUGUUGAAUGUCAUGUAAAACGAAAUUUUCUUGGGAUCUGAUUUUGCAUAUUUCGCGGGUAUCGUAAAGAUCUACCUUUUUAUCAUAUGUUACAUAAUUUUUGCUAUCUUGAACGUUAACUAACUUUCCACCUUUUUCUUUGUAAUUUAAAACAUAUCACACUAUGUCGCUUCUUCCUUCUUCUUUAUGAUACAGCUGCACUCGGGUUAUCCUUUUUAAAGCUACUGAAUAGUAAAACUACAUUAAGCAGCUAACCAACCGUACUGUCAAAGAACAAUAUUAAUUUGCCAUGAAUCUGAGUCUGUGACUUAAACACCACUCAAUGACAAGCCUGUCAAACGUAGCCUUAUCUUAAAGAUUUCACAAAAAGUCCCCCUUUAAUUUAUUAAAGUUCUGUUUCACCCUCAAAAUCAAAGGAAAUAAAUAAAAAACAUGCUUGCGUUUUAAUUUGACUUUUAACACACUGUUAAGGAGCCGAUUAAUUGUUAAGGACGUUUGUUUUCAAAAGGAAUGACAUUUCUCCCCUAUCUCCACAGAAUGACGGACAGUACAAGAUGAUCGUGACAGUAUAUCCACGAAGAAAUGCUGUUGUUAGCAACUUUGCGACAGAUGGCGGAGGAAAUCGGCUUCCUUCGUAUGCUCGUAUGUUUGCCUUCCUUUUACCUCUCGAUAUUCCUAUGAUUUACAAUGCGACAGUACAGCUUACAAAGGAGGAUGGUGCCAUUUUGUGUCAUGAGAUUGUGCUCACCAUUAGAAUAAAUCUCCUGGAGGCGAGCGUUUCUUGGUUACAACAAAGUGAAAAUCUGUUUGAAGUGGAAUACCCUCUGCCGAAAAUAAAACUUACAGGUAAAGAGGUAUCAGCUUUGCAUCAAGAAUUUUGGACACAAUAAAAUGGAACAGCAACCCCCCAUCCCCCCGAGGGAGGGAGGAGGGCGGUUCUAAACUGUCCAUCUACUUUGUUCAAGAUAUAGCGAUUGCAAUCUUGGACUGAAUAAAAUGGAACAGCCUGAAAAAGUCACCUCAUCCCGCCCACGAAAUCAAGGAUGAAACCGCGCGAAAGACAAAACUUGCCAUUUUCCCAUCUUUCAUUUGGGGGGAUGCACGGGCUUAAAUUUUCCAUCUUUUUUUGUCCAGGAUAGUAGUUCAGUUAACUCUGCGCUUUUUUUCUAGCGCGAUUGUUCAUAGACCACACAGUCACAUACAUCACCCAAACAUACUUCACACAUCUUUAUUUAAACCUCAUUGGAGGCGUCUCAAAUGAGAUGCCAAAUUCUCGUUUAAAUGGCGCAAAAGAUGCUUUUACUUCUUAAACAAGAUGUCAUUUAGCUUAGGGGCAUCUCAUACGCUCGCACAAAUCAUAAAGUUUGUGUCAAUCUUAUUUAGUAACUGCUCUGAUAGUUUUUUUGCCCUUAAUUUACAUGUACUUUCGUUGCUUUUUUGUGAGUUUUUCAAUUUUAUAAAACGUCGCUUUCAGGAGUGCUGCGGUUUAACUUUGGUUGGAAUGUCAUAAUGCACUUUGAGAACUUGGCAGACAAUGGUAAAUAUAUAUAAAAUAAUUAAAUGCAGUAGAAAACAGGUAUAGAGUUUUCUUAGUUGGGUGACCAGCACUCUGUUAGUCUCUUAAUUAUAGUCCAAAUCUCAUUGUUUUUAGAAUUUACGAUAAAUGCCAUAUUAUUGUCAGUUAAAUUAUAAGUGGAUUGCAUUGCAGCCAUAAAGGACAAAAAUGACCAUCAUUUGCAAACACAGUUGAACCACCUUCCCGAAGGUGUGGCCUUGUUAAUGAAAGCACCGUGAAGUUUGUUGUUCUAAACAUGUUUAUUAUACCAAGAGUUGAUGCUGUACGAAGGGACGAUUAAGACAGAUUGUCCUAGGUGGGCAGGCAACUCGUUUGGAAACCUCGAUAACUCACAAUACAACCUUGACGUAUGCGCGACCUGUGUAUUGGGAUUUCAAGUAUAACCUUUUCCUUCGAAUCUUUAAUUUUUUUCUUAUAGCUUGUGUCUUGAAUGGACCGCUAAGUUUCUUUUUUCCCUAAGACUCUGUUAGGCUUAAAGUGCUGUUAAUGACCGUUAAAAUUUUACAGCUUGGAUAAAAUGGUUAUUCUUUCAAUGCACAACUUUUCAAGAAAGAAAUAGCAAUUUAGCAUAUUUCGUCACAGUUUUUUUAUGCCUGUAGGUGAAUUUGAGGUUUACAGAAGACAUAGAUUGAUACUAGAAAACUGGGCCAAAACAAGACCACAUUAUCAGGAUCUAGUGGCUAUGAUUUUGUUGGAGGUAGGUCAAAGAAGACUAAUUUUUUACCAAGUAUAUUAACCUCGUUCCCAGGGAGGGAGAUUGCGAAUUUAUCCUUUUGUGUCUUUGCUGCUAUCAAACACGACUCCGUAUCUUUUACUUGCACUGACGGGAAAGUUUGCUUGAGUACUCGAUUGAUUCGGGUCCUAUUGUCGCGCUCAAACUCUGUCAUGGAUUGGGAGGGCCGAAUGGGUGAGGAAGGGAGAGAGGGAGGUGGUCUUAAUUUAGACUACGUGUAGCCGCACCCUUCCCCCGAUGAAGGAAAAACGGAGAGAGGAAGCUGCCUCUCUCCGUUUUUCCUUCGUCGGGGGGAGGGUGCGGCUACACGUACGCUAGUCUCAAUUGUGUAGAGUAGUCUAAGUCCUAAGGGCUGGAAACAAGCUCAUGGUUAGAGUGAAAACGUUUUCAUUGUGAUUUUUUGUAAGGAAGGUGUAGCGUGCUUAAUUCAACACAGGCUAGAGGAGGGAGUCAGCCUCGCCAGACGAGCGUGCCGUUUAUCGUCGCACUUCAGCUGUGUAAAUGACCGCGCUAUUAGAGGCUAUGCAUCUGCAGUGUAUGCUGCCGCUGAGAGAUUUGCUGGCAAUCAAGAUGGUGCAAAAGAACACCUUGUUGACGCCUUGGAGGUGAGGUCUUUAAAGCUUUUCGUGAUAAAUAAAUGUGUGUUUAGUGGAAAAGGAAGUUAGCCGCUGCAGGUCCACUUCCUCGUACCCAGGCGAAUUUUCGACGGUAGUCGCGGCAUAAGGAUCAUGGGAAAGCUUCAAAAACGAAAAGGCACAAGCCGAGGCUCAACGUGAAAAGCUGUGAAAAGCGAAAUUACUCAUUGCGCCGCGACUAUCGCAGAAAAUCCCAAGAAGCGCCUGGGUCAGCGAGGCAGGCCAGUCGACUCACAUCAUUUUUUUUAAGAGUGGGGAUGGAACUACAACAUUCUCUCUCCACUAAACAAUGUUACCUUUUCCUGCAAAAAAAAAAAAAAAAAAAAAAAAAAAAUGGUAUGGCAGAAUCUUAUAUUUCCCGUUUGCAGACAAUUCAGAACCUACUUCCAAAAUCUGAAUCCUGUUUUUGAUUACAGAUAUUUGAACCAAUGGAACCGUCUACUUAUACAUCAAUAACGCUUUACAAUAUUGGGGCAAUAACGAUGGAAAAGUCAGCCACAAUAGGAAUAACUGCAACAGAAGAGAAAGAGGCAGAGAAUUUCCUUCAAAAGGCAGCAGAUCAUUGGAUGUAUCAACAGCUUAACACGACAAUUCGAGUACUUCCUCGUGUAUACAACAGACUAAUUUCGCUAUAUCUCAAAUCAUCACCAAACACGGCACCGGAUCUCAACGUUACUGUGUCUCAAGAAAGCUUGACACGUGCAAGUGACGUCAUCGGGAGAUUCGAGAAUUUGUUUCCCGACUGUUCGAAGUGGAUGAAAACUACUUUCUGUCUCGGAAAGACAGAUUAUUGUAUUAGGAAAAGGGAUAUCGAUGGAGGUUAGAGCAAUGCAUUUGUUUUAAUAAGUAACCUGGCGUCUCCAAUAUCGCAGCAAUAUCACCACGGCCACCAUCAUUAUCAUAAUCACUAGCACUACCAACAUCGCUGUGAUCACGACCCGGCAGCGGGCAUCAUCACCAUCAGCAAUUUCACCAACCUCAUACGUCGUACGUAGAAGGACUUUUAAAAAACUGACUUGAUCAUACUGACUGUUCGGAUUAAAAACUUUCCUCACCUCGCGCCAUUGAGCAGCAGUGAUGUUAGUUGUUGGCCUUGCCUCCUUCAUCUUCGCACUAUUGUUCAAAUAAUGUUUGAAAAUGAAGAGCUUCAUACGUAGACCACGGUAAUUUGGCUUACCUGGCAAGACCUAUACAUGAAAAACGGACUCCCCCGGCCUACAGUAAAAAAAAGGGAUAUUCACAGAAAAAUCCUUAAAAUUAGCAAUAGUUAUCUUCGACAAACAAUUAACAGAAAAUGCGGCAUCAACCUCACUAAACCUUACACGGUCAUUGCAGGACUCGGGGUUGCUCAACAAGCCUUGGAAAUUUCCUUGGCAUCUGGAUUACAAAGGGAAACAACAGGGGCAAGAAGACGAAUAGAUUUGCUGAGGGAACUUGACAACCACAGGCGACAUCCACCGGAAGUACCAGCAACAUUGUAG